AUGAACGAUGAAGAAGCCCUCGACAAGUUUGUCCGCGGACUUCACCCCACCAUACGAGGAAAUGUUCUUGCCGCCCGACCUGUCGACGUUGACGAUGCCUGCAACAUCGCUUUGGCAUAUGCCAGUGGCCUCCACUUGGGGCAACAGAACAACUACGCACCCGUCCCCCAACCGUACCAACAGACGUACCAACAGCCGUACCAACAGCAGUACAGUGGUCCCGAGCCCAUGGACCUGGAUGCGAUUCAAGGUUGCCGUAAUAACUAUCGAUCUCGCCCCCCUCAGAAACGUAAUGUGGCUACUUGCCAUUGGUGCGGCGAAGUUGGUCACUUCAAGAGGAACUGUAGGGAUCGAUUAGCAGCGAUUAGACAGUUAGAUGAGGCACGUAGCAAGAAGCAGGGUUUUCGCGAAACACAACCGUAA